GAACCCCAUGAGCAACCACGUAAUCAGCGCUGAGAGGCACAAUCAGUCCGUUAAUUCGAUGGCACUGGUAAGACAGCGGCUGACAGCGAAGGCGGUUGAGAUCGUACAAAUGAUGGUUAUAAACCUGAUGUGUCUGGCCGCCCCGGCCGUGGACCUCCACCUCCUACGGAAUCUUGCCAUGGAGGAGGCCGAUGAACUGCGGGAACAGUACCCGGAGGCCACCAAUUUAUUAGAAAAGACGGAGUGGUACGAUCUUAUGUUCAUGUGCGACGAACGGAUAGCGGCUCUCAAGGAAGCUUCGGGAAUGCAGGGGACGAAGGCUGUUGGGGAGAUGGUUGUAUACGAACGGAUGCGAAACCUCUACAAACGGGCAUGUUACGGAGAAAUGGAUGCAUCGAAAUACAUGGGAAAAGGUAAAAGCCGAAUGUACAACUUUAUUCGAAAAUAGCUGGACAUUCCGUUUUACUGCGGGCAACCGGCUAUCGACACGUGACUGGGACGAAUUUUAAAAGCCGUCCAGAGCCGCUCAGUGGAGGACGUCCUCCUUGACAUCUUUACUUCCGUAUCGCCACCAUCCAGACAGAACAGCCAAACCGCUGUAAAAUAUUGAGCGAUAUGUUAUAGCAUAUGUUUCCCUGACCAGAAUGCUCAAUAAACCUUAACAAUUAUAUGGUUUCGCUUUUACUAGACAGAGAACUUAUGACCUAAAGAGGACAAACUAUGUAACAUAUGUUUAAUCGUUUUUAUUCGAAAAUCUGUCGUUAAACUCGUACAAUAUUUUGACAAGUUAGUUGGCGAUAAAUUAAGGUGUCAACAAGAUAGACUGGCUUUCAUGGAAAUCCGUUUGGUGUUAUUUAUGUUAAUUGACUACGUUUGUUUUGUAUUUGCUAUUACAUAAUUUCGAUCUGUUAUAGUGUGUCAUCAAAUACUGUGACCGCAAGUAUGGUUAUUUUAAGCAUUAUAGUGUCAUUAAAGGCAAACCUGGACAAGAUAUCAACUUGGAGAGUAGAUCCCUCGACAAUUACCUAAAACGAAACUUCAGGCAUUUUCAAUUGAACUAAUUUGGCAUUUAUUGAAUGAUAAUUUUCAAUUUUAUUUACCAGAUAUUUGUACAUUUAUAAUUUAUUAUUUAUAGCUUUUA